AUGUCCGCCGAACGACAGUCGUCAUCAUGUGACUGUGUACUCGAGGCCACCGACUGUGCCAGUGGAACUGGAAAUGAAGGAGUGGCCUUUGCGGUCGAUUCCUUUCGAGGUUUCUUGCCCUUAGAAGUAGUGUGCGAUUGUCGGCCGUCGCCAUGUGAUGGGACACUCGAGCCCGCAGAUCCUAUGGACUCUCCUGGAACAUGGCUGGUAAACGACUUUGACGUCGAUUUCCUCCGAGCCCGUUUUCCCUUAGAGGAAACGUCCGCCGAACGACAGUCGUCAUCAUGUGACUGUGUACUCGAGGCCACCGACUGUGCCAGUGGAACUGGAAAUGAAGGAGUGGCCUUUGCGGUCGAUUCCUUUCGAGGUUUCUUGCCCUUAGAAGUAGUGUGCGAUUGUCGGCCGUCGCCAUGUGAUGGGACACUCGAGCCCGCAGAUCCUAUGGACUCUCCUGGAACAUGGCUCGUAGACGACUUUGACGUCGAUUUCCUCCGAGCCCGUUUUCCCUUAGAGGAAACGUCCGCCGAACGACAGUCGUCAUCAUGUGACUGUGUACUCGAGGCCACCGACUGUGCCAGUGGAACUGGAAAUGAAGGAGUGGCCUUUGCGGUCGAUUCCUUUCGAGGUUUCUUGCCCUUAGAAGUAGUGUGCGAUUGUCGGCCGUCGCCAUGUGAUGGGGCACUCGAGCCCGCAGAUCCUAUGGACUCUCCUGGAACAUGGCUCGUAGACGACUUUGACGUCGAUUUCCUCCGAGCCAGUUUUCCCUUAGGGGAAAUGUCCGCCGAACGACAGUCGUCAUCAUGUGACUGUGUACUCGAGGCCACCGACUGUGCCAGUGGAACUGGAAAUGAAGGAGUGGCCUUUGCGGUCGAUUCCUUUCGAGGUUUCUUGCCCUUAGAAGUAGUGUGCGAUUGUCGGCCGUCGCCAUGUGAUGGGACACUCGAGCCCGCAGAUCCUAUGGACUCUCCUGGAACAUGGCUCCGAGGCGUUCUUUGCAACUUUUUCUCGGCCUCUCCGACGAGCCUGCGGCAAACGUAA